AUGGCUGUCCACCAUGAAAGUGGAUUCGAUGCUCACUUUGUUGAACCUGUGAAAGAUCGAUACACAUGCCCCAUUUGCCACUUGGCAGCACGAGAGCCAAUGCUGACUAAGUGUGGUCACCAAUUUUGCCAGGAGUGCUUGAGGCCCCUCAUUAGGGAUGGUAAUGCAACGUGUCCUGUGUGCAGGGAGGAAUUGAAAGAAUCAGAAAUGUUUCUAAACAACAUGACAAAACGUGAGAUUCUUAGUUUGAAGAUUUAUUGUGAUCAACGUGAGAAAGGCUGUAGCUGGCAAGGUGAACUGAGACAGUGUGAUGAACACAACCAGGAAUGUGGCUAUGUAGUUGAGGUGUGCAGCAAUGAUUGUGGGGAAGUGAUAAUGAGAAAGGACAUGGACUAUCACAAGCAGAAUAUGUGCAGUCGAAGAAUUGUGGGUUGUUGCUACUGUGAUACACAGUUGGAACAUGGACAGUUAACUGUUCACUAUGAGACGUGUGACAGUUACAGUCCUCAACAGUGUGAUUUUGCAUCAGCUGGAUGCCAGUUCAUAGGAAAUAAAGAACAACUACAAGAUCAUUUGGAAAAGAACAUAGUCAAUCAUCUUAGUUUGACUAUGCAAUCAGUGAGCAAUCUACAAGAGAAAUUGGCAAGUGCUGACAAGAAGCAGAAAAGGAUGGAGACGAAUUUGUCAGUUGCUGAGGAUGAGUUAUGUGAUGUUAAGGAAAAGCUGCAACAGACAGAAAGUUUACUGUUGGCUGCAAACUAUGGGUCAUUUAUCAAAAGUUUGGGUGUUGAGUGCUUGGGGAAAGACGACCAGAAACAGUCAGUGGAGUAUGUGAACACUUUACUAGAUGACCAGACUCAAAUUUCAUUUGAAAUAGGUGGCACUUUUGUAGACCUGUGGAAGAUAAAGACACAACACUUUUACCACAAACAUUCUGUUGGUUGUCAAUCAAUUUUAUCUAACAAAUUUUACACAAGAAAUCCAAGGUUGCAUUUACAGCUUGAGCUUAUUUCUGAUGAAUGUGGAUAUGGUUCCUCACAGCGAUGCUCUUAUGUAGUAAGGGUACGCUGUUGUGAUAGAAGGUAUGACAAACGAUUACACGAGUCAAAGUAUUUGAUGUCAGCUUGUCUACAUGAUAGCCGUGGUUACAGCUUAAGAGUCCAGAGAGAGAGUGACUUUAGUAGCUCUCAUGGCAGAGGACGGGAGACUUUGUGUAAGGUUGAUCUGACAUUUGGUGCCACUAACAAAAGUCUGGUUGUGACGGAUGGGCUGUUGGUUGUCUUUGAGUUGGAAUUAAAAUCCUAAAGUUUUACCAAUUGUGUUGGCUGCAAGUUUUUACAAGUGCUUUAAUUAAGAUGAGACUUUAGUCAGUGAACAGGCUAUGAUCAUUUGACAGCAGUGUUUACCUUUCAUGUGCCAGAUAUGCAGGAGUUUUGUAUUGUAUGUAUUAGGAGUUUCUAAUGUUCACUUGGUGCAAUACAGUUGCUGUGCUAAUCUGACAGAUGUAAAUGCUCAGCCACAGUUUAGAUUGUUCUUGCUUACAUUAUGGAUACUGAAUGUUUAUCACAAUA